GGUGUCCACAAAUGGAUUGUGAACCAUCUUGAGCUUCACAUCCAGUUAGUUCUCUGCCUUCUCGAACUAGCGUCGUUCGACGAAAACCGUAAUUGUUAUUUUCUGCGCGGAUAUCAAUUUCUCGGUCUGAACUACAGGUUGGGUCAAGCAUUUGACGUUUGGUGUUUGUUUAACAUAUUUUCAAACGUGGGUCUUCUUUUGGAAUAUCAGCAAUUGUACGCUAUACUAUCGUCCUCCAGACCAAUGGAGAAAAUGGCCAGACCUGUUCCUUUAAACUCAUCUUUCCAAACUCCAACUAAUGGCGUACUGAAAUCCCUGUUGGAGAAUCCAAUGAAGCUGCCAUUUCAUCAUGAAGGUUUUGGAAAAGAGAAGAAUGAGAAAGAGAAAAAGUUGGAUGAGGAAGGCGGUGCCAAUACUCCACAGUCGGCCUUCCUAGGGCCAACUCUGUGGGACAAGACCUUGCCAUAUGAUGGGGACAACUUUCAGCUAGAGUACAUGGACCUGGAAGAGUUUCUGUCAGAGAAUGGCAUCCCCGCAAACCCAGCUCAGAAUAACCAAAAUCAGCCACAGCAGUCCCGGCAGCCCACUAUCCAGCAGGUUUCCCCAGCACCCCCCAUACCUUCUGUGGUCGACCUCAGCAGCCACGCCACUACCUCCGUUCAUACAGCCAUGGUCACCCAGAAUUGUCUCCAGAGCCCCCCAGCCAGAGCAGUGCUGCCCUCAGCUGCCAGGAACACCCCCAGCCCCAUCGAUCCAGAGUCUAUUCAAGUUCCAGUGGGCUACGAGCCCGACCCUGCAGACCUGGCUCUGUCCAGCGUACCCGGACAGGAGAUGUUUGACCCCCGAAAACGCAAGUUCGCCCCAGAGGAGCUCAAACCACAGCCCAUGAUAAAAAAGGCACGCAAGAUCUUCAUCCCCGAAGAUCUCAAGGAUGACAAGUACUGGGCCAGACGCAGAAAGAACAACGUAGCAGCCAAAAGAUCACGAGAUGCCAGGCGACUGAAGGAGAACCAAAUUGCCAUCCGGGCUGGCUUCCUAGAGAAGGAGAACGGUGCACUUCGCUCAGAGGUGGCCGACUUGAGGAAGGAACUGGGUCGCACCAAAAACAUUGUGGCCAAAUACGAGGCUCGGCAUGGGCCCCUGUGAACCUCCCCAACGUCCACGUCACACCCUUCCCUCUCACCCCCUCACCCAAGAGUUUGAAGGACAAUGUGCCUCCCUUUUGAUGGCACUGGCCCCCACACACACCAGCCCCUCACCCCUAUACAUGAUAAUCCUAUAGGAUUCUAUCAUUUUGAAUUCUGUCACUGGCAUCCGUUUGUUUGUUCCUUUUGUUUUCUCACUCAUCCUUCAUGUACAAGUAUGUAUGUAUGUAUGUAUGUAUGUAUGUAUGUAUGUAUGUAUGUAUGUAUGUAUGUAUGUAUGUAUGUAUGUAUGUAUGUAUGUAUGUAUGUAUGUAUGUAUGUAUGUAUGUAUGUAUGUAUGUAUGUAUGUAUGUAUGUAUGUAUGUAUGUAUGUACAGUAUGCACACACACUUUCCUCUUUCAAGUACUACAAGGCACUUUGAGUGUUAAUGAGCCAACAACUUACUCUCCGGAUCCCUACCCUGUCCCCUCCUUCCACUGUUCAUUUUGUAAAUGAUGCCAUGGUGUUUGUUUUCCCCCUUUCUCACCCGUUUUACGUGUGAUCAGAGCUGUUGUAAUGUAUCUCCCUCCCCAUCCUUAUGUUCUUCCAGUGCUGUUUUCAGAGGGAUUCUCCUCCUACCUAAGACCCUGUUCCUGUCUGUUGUUAUGUCCUGUACCUUCCUGUAGCAUCCUUUCUCAAACGGUUUGUACCGUACAUUCGUAUUGCAACUUGUUUUGUUAUUGUACUUCUGUUAAUAUUAUACAUUUUCGUGUCCAUUUUUGUUCUAUUGCGGCGCUCUAACAUCAGUUCAUCACAUCAGGACUAUAAGCUACUCUUGUGCUUUUAAUAUUUUCUUUGUUAGCACUUAACCUCUCUCUCAAACCUCAAUAUAACUGUACAUUUGAAAAGAAAAACCAGCGAUUCUUUUCUAUCACACAUUGAGCAAUAAUCUUUUACAAAUCUAUAUUAAUUCAUGCUACCAAGUUUUUCCUCCCACACCGAUUCCCCAAUCAGAGCACCUCUUGGUCUCCAGUAGAACCCACAACCCUCUUGCCUCGCGUUGCACGGCACGGUCAUUUUCUGUUGGGAGUUGCGCUAGCUAGCAUGGUGAUGGUGGACAGAUUUCCCACCCUGUGCUCAGUGGUCUCUCUGCUGCAGCCUGUUCCACAACCACAACUCCACUAACCCUCUCUGCACCAAUCUUCUAACACGUGUCACAAUCUGCCCUGGUGCAAUGUUCCUCAGUCUAAUCUGCCUGAUAUUUAUGUAUCUUUUCUGUUAAGGACAGAUUCAUUUUCUGGAAUAUUGAAUUGUUAUUAUUAUGACUUCUAUUUGUGUCGUUGAUAUUGUUAUUCUUAUUAUUAUCAUCUCAUCGUUUUUAUUUGAAUAUUUCAGCAUGAUUUCUCAGAACAUAAACCUCAAGCUAAUCGCAAAGUAGUUGAAUUAUUUCCUUUUUAUUUAGCAUGAUUAACAAGUGGUUCUUUUAAUAAUCAAUAGAGAUAUCUGUAUUUUUGUAGAUAUGUGUUUGCCUUCUUCUGUAAGAUGGCUGUAUGAAUGUAAAAGAUGUUGGGGGAAAAAAGUUGAAUGGUGUUGUCCAGUACUGUGGUUAUCCCAAACAAUUAGUUUACUACAAACCAAAAGAUUCAGUACAGAGAUGAUACAUUGGUUAUAAGAGAUGUUUAUAUAAAGCUAUUCUAUAUGGGUUUUUUUGUACAGUAUUUUUCCUAUACAUUACUGGCUAUGUAUUUUAAAGGCACAGAAUCCAGAAUAUUAUUAUUAUAUAUUAAAGAAUACAAAUACAUUACUCAAAGAACCAAUAUAGUAGUGUUUUGAUAUCUUAACCAUAAUAAUGUGGUAGUUUUACAGAGAUUCCUCCAAAUCCAGCAGCAGUAACGGAUACUGUUGGGCAUUAUUCAAAGACACUCCUGUAUCCUGGUUAUAUACUAUAGAUUUAGCCGUCAGUAACCUUUAGUUCCUUGUGUCAUGGAAUCGUAGUGCUUUAAGCUCGAGUCUCCCCAACGUUAACAUGAAAUAAAGUUGUGAGUAUGGAGGACGGAAUGUAUGGAAUGAUCUUCAAUCGGUUUCUGUAGAGACCCACUAUUGCAAAGGAGAUGCCAACACUUGCUUGCUAUUGAUUGUCCCCAAUGUCACCACUAGGUGUCUCAAUUAGACUCCUGUUAUGGGUCCCUUCACUCAGAGAUGACCAAAAUAUGUCACCGGAGUCCUUUGAUGGUAAAACUGAAAAGGUUUACCUUUAGUCAUAUUCUGAUAUACACUAAUAUGACUAAUAUUUGAAGCCAUCUCUAUGCUCACUAGUUAGAACGAUGUUACAAUGAAGGGGAGGGCAAUUUCAGGUUACUGUAGCUGCUGUUUGUCUGCUUGUUCGACCUUUGCAGUUCUAGUAAGCCCACUGCCUGAGUGAUAUUACUCUCAAUGACACUGCAUAGCUUACUGAAAUCUCUCUAAUUCUGCUAUAAUACUUUCACAGUUGACCAAAUACAGUGUAGUGUUCCUUACCUGUUGCAGAUCAUGGUCCAGCCAAGGUGAGAGUAGAUCUGAUGUUUUGGCUGUAGAGAAAUGGCUGGAGGUGGUUUUCCUUAUUCACAUUUCUAUAUCCCAUUUGUACAGAUAUGGGUUUUGUUAGCUGUGUGUGUCCAUGUACUUUAACAUGCUAUUCUGUACCAUGGACGUACCAUAUGAAAGAAUAGGAUAAAGCCAUUACCAGUCCACACAUUGCCCACAUACCUCCCUGUAGAGUGACUUCACUACCUCACCCAUGAAUGGAAAAAAGUUCUGAGUCUAUUCCAGUGCCUUGAAUACACUGACUGUUCCUCAGUCUCUCAGCGACGUAUUGUCAUUAUCACCACUUGAAUAGGUUCAGAUCUAAUGCAGCAAAUAUUCUAUAUAUUUACAAUUUUCUUUUUACUUAUUUAAAACACAAUUAACUAAUUACCAUUGUAUUAAUGGCAACACCAAUGGACUGUUUCACAGAGGGUACAUAGAUACACAAUGAAAGGAGUAUUCUGUCUUGUUUGUCAUGGAAUGAAUGCAUAACACAUCAGGCCUUGGCCUCCCGAUCUGUAAUUCAGUGUCUAAUAAAGUAUUUUCUGUUUCUUUUGA